AUGAUGAUGCGUUCAUCGCCACAGCUUGACCAGAGACCAUCUAUGAAGUUGAACAACAAAAUUACUGACCUGCUGAUCCCGAGGAGGAUAGGGGCAGCACUGACCGUCACCAGAGACGGGCCCUUUAGUACCCUUCCUCUCCGGCAACUCAACCGUACAGUCAAUAUCCUCAAUUACAAGUAUCGACCGAUUCCCAGUCCUCAGCAACAAUCUCCUCAAAUCCGAAUCCCGCUUAACAUUCGUCAACUCCAAAUCAUAAAUAUCAAACCUGAGAUAGUUCGCCAUCGCAGCUAUCAGGCUCGAUUUCCCAGUCCCCGGCGGCCCGUAAAGCAGGUAACCCCUCUUCCAGACCCGGCCCACUUUCCUGUAGAAAUCCUUCCUCCUCACGAACCUGUCGAGGUCCUCGAUGAUGGAUUUUUUCAAUCGGGGCUCGAUUGCCAGCGUGUUGAAGGUCGACGGGUGCUCGAGGUUGACCGAGACCCAGGACGCGUAGAGCUCGAAAAACCUCUUCUCCGACGAAUCUUCGUGGUGGUGGUCGACGGCGGACUUGGAGGGGUGGUGGUGGUUGCGGUGGUCGGCGUUGACGAAGCGCCAGUGGAGGUCGAUGUCGUGGAAUUGGUCGGGGAUGAGUUCGGAUUGGGCGAAUCGGAGGGUGAGGGUUGGGUGAUUUGGGCGUUUGGUGAUUUUGAGGCGGUCGACGUUGGGGCGGAGCUUUUUGGUGCAGAGGUAGGUCUCGGCGGAGGAGAAGAGCUCGUUGAAGGAGAUGCCGUCGCGCUCCUCGACGACGAGGGUGGCGCGGCUGUGGCGGGGGCGGAGGAGGUAGCGGCGGAGGGUGUCGGAGAGGUAGGAGCGGAGCUGGCGGGGGAGGAGCUGGUUGAGCAUUGUCUGGACGAGGACGAUGAAGGCGGAGAUGGAGGCGUACGCGGCGAAGACGGAGGAUGGGUGGGGGACGGAGGAGAAGGAGACCGCCAUUUUUGUUUGUGA